AUGCGUGAGUGUAUUUCUAUCCACGUUGGUCAAGCUGGUGUUCAAAUCGGUAACGCCUGCUGGGAACUCUAUUGUCUUGAACACGGUAUUCAGCCUGAUGGUCAAAUGCCAUCUGAUAAAGCUGGUGGUGGAGGUGAUGAUUCAUUCAACACUUUCUUCUCUGAAACCGGUGCCGGCAAACACGUUCCUCGCACG